AUGGUGCAGCAGCACGAGAGGGACCGUUUGUGGCACUUCUUCUGCCACUUUGAGGGCUUUGCUCGUGCAGUAGACGAAGCAGAGCCGUGGGACCCCGGUGGCAUGAGCUCACGCCUGAAAUGGCAACGCCUCUUUGAGCAGAACGCCGAGGCUGAGGCGAAGCCUGGCAAGUGCCUCUUCACCUGGGUGCAGCUCGGUCGCGAGGAGGUGCGCGUAGCAUUACCACAGGAAGAAGCAAUGGCCCGCGUGCCUGAACAUCAGGAGCUGGUCCAGCGCCUCGCAGAGCAGAGCCUCUUCAGUUCGGCGCUCCUUCAGGCGAAGCUGACAAGCCUGCUGAGUACGAAGGUGGUUCCAAGGCUGCGCGAGCUCAUUGUCGGCCGACCAGGUCCUGCGCUGUGCCUCGCAGGCUUCUACCAGGGUGCCAGCAGCACGAAGGCCAGGAAAGUGAAAGGCAAAGGCCAGAACCUCCGGAAGCGGCAAACAGCACAGCUCUUCGCCCUCGUUUGUCGUCCAGAUGGAUGGCUUGUGGAGCUCUGGUCACAGCAGUGCAGCACGAGUUCCACGUGGCUGCAGAUCGCCGGCAAGAAGCCCGCGGCUGAAGUGACCGUGCGCGACCUCUGCAAGGCUGUCUCAGCCCAGCUGCCAGCCUUGGGCUUCCGCGCCACCCACGCGUGGCUUGCCAACGCGCAGGACCCGCAGAGACCCGCCGACCUCGAGUUCGGCCUCGCGCUGCUCCGGGACCUGCGAUGGACCCAAGCAGAACGAUUGCUCCUUCGGGAGAUUGUCCCGCUUGAGCAUAAGAGUCCUGCAGAUCGUUUGGAACAGGACAACUCAGCAGAGCUGAGGCCACAGCAGGCUCAGCCAUUGGUGCUGCUCCAGCGCUGUUCGCAGCGGCCAGUACCCAGGGCAGCCAGGCCAUGGCGCCUUUCCGCCGCUCUAGCAGAGGAGCCGCGGGGUGGGAGCAGGUUUCCGGCCUCUCUGCACUGCAUCUCACGGCAGAGGCUUGCUAGGAAAUUGAAGCUGAUUUCAAGUCGUGUUCCGGUCGCGCACUCGCGCCGCUUGCUGCUCACCAGCCGAGGAGCCCGUCAGUUCGAGUUUCACCCCUUGCGGCCAGGGACCAUGUUGGUCGGCAGGAAAGACGGUACUGCAGGGAUCAUCAACUACGAAACAGAUGUCAUGACGCACAGCUGUGUCGUAGAUCAGUUUCCCAUACUGGGACUCUCAUGGUUCCACACGCUGCCGCAGUGGGCAGUUGUAGGAGGAUCCCAGUCUGGAGUCAUUCGCUUCUUGCGCUACGACGAGGGGCUUCCAGGAAAGCUACACAGUGUGGAGCUGGAGCCCUUUCAGCAAUUGUCAUCGCUGUCUAUGAACUGUACAGACGACUAUUUCAUGACGAGUGGCUUUUGCAUCGACGUUGGGCUCUACGACGUGGUGACAGGACGGCGCAUCAAGACGUUCCGGAAUUUGCACCAAAACUUUAUCAAUAUUCUACGCUUUUCGCACCGAACGCACGUGCCUCAGAAGAAGGGCUGUUGGCAGGUUGCUGAGAUGGGGGUAGAGUCCGAGCUUGGCGGUGAAAGAAUACCGAGACAUGACGCGCUUUGUGCCGACAGGCACUACGACAGUUUGAUUUGCGAGAGCGUGGACCAGGCCCCGCACUUGGUGUGCAAAAGUGACUCUCCGAGAGCAAGGCUCAAAGUUCCCCGUGCCGGCCCUCGGAAGCGCCUGGGCAUUUUUCUGAGCUCCCUUUUCUCUGUGUUUUAUAACAUCUCCAUGUUUUCAGAGUUCGUUAGUUCUAUCAACUACCGCCGCUCCCUGUAUGCCGCUGGGGGCGAAGUGGUGGCGACAGUCGCUACCAACGAAAGCUUGCUGCGACUGUACGAUGCGGCCGCGCCACAUAGGAGCCUGGGAGUGAUCGACUUCAGGAACAUGCUUCUCAAGCAGAACCACCGGCAUCUUGCGCAAAGCACAGGCCAGGGCUGCUUCUUUCCCUGGGCAUCGAGGUCGUCACGGUGGAGUGCACUGUCACUUGUUGGCAGCUCUUCAUGUGAGGAGCCACGUGUAAACCUCGACCAAGCGCCCCGCGUGGAGUACCUGCAGUCCCUGAGGUGUCAUCCUGGGGAGCCUUCCAUCUUGGGCGCCCUGGCUGCUGCUUCCGAGCCAAGUCCAGAGGCCUACGUGGCAGCCAUCCACUUGGAGGAGCACCACAAAAACGUGACAUGA